AUGGUGAUCAAUAAGACGAAAUUGGGUGGAUAUGGUCACAUCGUCGAAAUUGAUGAAUCCAAAUUCGGACGUCGCAAACACCACAGGGGCCAUAGAGUUGAAGGCCAGUGGGUGUUUGGAGGAUAUGAGAGGGAAACUGGCAAGUGUUUCAUGGUCCCAGUUGAGAAUCGUAAUGCCACAACCCUUCUCGCCAUUAUAAAAGAGUGGAUAAAACCCGGAACAACAAUAAUAUCAGAUUGCUGGAAGGUAUAG